GAGGCAGGUACUCAGUAAGCUACGCACGCCUGAUAUUUUUUGCUUUAUACACCAAACCAGUUGCGUCAGUUUUUGAGCGUAUCGCAGUGACGCUAUGUUCUGGUAUCGGGAGGCUUAAAGAGACAACAGCGAAAUCAUAGCAACUUGGGGACAGGAGAAACGAAAUGAGAAAGGUACCCGCGGACGAAAAACCAUGUCUUCGACUGCGUUUCGAUAGCUAACGUUUAAAGAUAUCCAGCACAUCAAACCCAUCUGUUACCUGUCUUUUUCAUCGCUGUUUACUCUCAACUCUGGGUUGCCUCGUCUGUUGUGGCCCUGCAACAUGGAGUCUGUCCAUUGUGUCACUGAAGGCUGACCAAAAGGAAUGAGGCACUCCAGGAGAUGUUCCCAAGUGGCCUUGUGGAUGAAGUAGCUGGGUUUUGGAGUGCUUUUUUAUGACUAGUGUAUGUGUGUCUGUGGGCACAUCCUAGCACAACCUGCCUAUUCCUCAGGCAGGGACAUGCUACUCUGAGACUGGAACUGGAGAAACACGCAAGAAAGGAGCCCCUCUGUGAACAAGCAACAGGAGGAAAAAGGGAAGCACCUAGCUAAAAAACUGACUGACUGACUCGAGGGGGCACAUCAGCUGUAGUUUCAGCUCAUUUAACUGUCUUUUGAACCAUUGCACAUUUUAGCAGCAACACCUUUCCUCUGUCCUUUGAGAUCCGUCUCCCUCCCCCUCCUUAAAGUGUCCUCUGUCGUUGUUAUUGGAGUUUCUAUGGUUUGCAUGGCUGGAGAAUAACCGUGGAGAGGCCAGGGUAUCACAAGCUUAUGGAUUUUGACAAGAGAGGGGGCAAGGGAGAGACAGAGGAAGGGAAAAAGAUGUCUAAGACAGCAGGCAGCAGGACUGGACAUGGAGGCCGGAGUUCAGGGACCAAUUCUGGAGUUCUUAUGGUUGGCCCAAACUUCCGUGUGGGUAAAAAAAUUGGCUGCGGGAACUUUGGAGAGCUGCGACUGGGAAAAAAUCUCUAUACUAAUGAAUAUGUUGCCAUCAAAUUGGAACCUAUAAAGUCCAGGGCGCCGCAGCUCCAUUUGGAGUAUAGAUUUUACAAACAGUUGGGAAAUUCAGAGGGAAUCCCUCAGGUGUACUACUUUGGUCCUUGCGGGAAAUACAAUGCCAUGGUGCUGGAGCUACUCGGACCCAGUCUAGAGGACCUGUUUGACCUCUGUGACCGCACCUUCUCCCUCAAGACCGUCCUCAUGAUAGCCAUACAGCUGAUAACACGGAUGGAGUAUGUCCACACCAAGAGUCUGAUAUACAGAGAUGUGAAGCCAGAGAACUUCCUGGUUGGGCGGCCAGGUAGCAAGAGGCAGCACACCAUCCACAUCAUUGACUUUGGUCUGGCCAAAGAGUACAUAGACCCCGAGACCAAAAAACACAUCCCCUACAGGGAGCACAAGAGUCUGACUGGAACCGCACGCUACAUGAGCAUCAACACGCACCUGGGAAAAGAGCAAAGCAGGAGGGAUGAUUUGGAGGCUCUGGGUCACAUGUUCAUGUACUUCCUCCGAGGGAGCCUCCCGUGGCAGGGCCUAAAGGCUGACACUUUGAAGGAGAGGUAUCAGAAAAUUGGGGACACCAAACGUGCGACACCAAUUGAAGUGCUUUGUGAAAGCUUCCCUGAAGAGAUGGCCACCUACCUGCGCUAUGUUAGGAGGCUGGACUUCUUUGAGAAGCCUGAUUACGACUACUUGAGGAAGCUCUUCACUGAUCUGUUUGAUAGGAACGGCUAUGUCUUUGACUAUGAGUAUGACUGGGUCGGCAAAUCACUUCCCACACCGAUAGGCCCCAUCCCCAGUGACACGCCCCUGCAGCCCAGCAGCAGAGACAAAGCACAACAGCAGACCAAAAACCAGGUGAUGAGCUCAACGAAUGGCGAGCUGAACACUGAUGAUCCCACAGCUGGACACUCCAACGCUCCCAUCACUGCUCCCACUGAGGUUGAAGUGGCUGACGAAACAAAGUGCUGUUGUUUCUUCAAAAGGAGAAAGAGGAAAGCCCUCCAGAGGCACAAGUGAAAGAAGAGAAUGGAGAGAACUUUAAAACAUUGUGGUUACUGUCAAGUUUUAAAUGGAAGCAACUACACAGACCCCUGCCCCCUUAUCUCUUUCCAGCUUCCCCCUCACCUCUUUACCCCUCUCACCUGACUCCCCGUCACUCUGUACCUCACCCCCCCUCGCGUUCUCUCUUUCUCGUUCUCAGUGCUCCCCGGCUACUGGCGAGUUAAAGGAAUGUUGCGGUCCUACUGACUCAACAACAGACUCUGAUUCCUUUAUUGACAAAAAAUAAACGUACCUGCAUUACAAAGGGGGGCUUGAGAAAACGUAAAAAAAGCUGUAACAAUGAAAUUCGAAUACCGUGGCGUGAAUAUGAAAAAAAAGAAACUGUUUGAAACAGUUGUUGUAUUCUAGAUUCCAUAAAGAACAUGUAUUGUUCCAACAGUCAACUGUUGAUCAGGGGGAGCCAUUCAAGUGGUUCAGGAAAAAAGAAAUCUGCUCCUUAGGAAAUUGUUUUGUUUUGUUUUGUUUCUUUAUUUUUCUUUUUUCUUUCUUUUUUUUCUUCCUUUGGUGUGUUUUGGGAUCAAGGUAAAGAGGAACUAUGCUGAUGUUAAAUCUGAGAGACACAGGAAGCAUUUCAUCUAUAAAAACAGAAUU